CACACACAAGCCUUCAUCUUAUUCUUAGUCCUUUCUUUCUUGGUGCGAUGGUUGUCAUGGUGGAAAAUGGGCCAUUGUCGACGGCCCUAAACGCUAAGGUAAUGGGUUCGGGGAGGGAAGCAAUGGUUUUGGCUCAUGGGUUCGGAACCAACCAGUCAUUAUGGGACAAUAUGGUCGGGAAGCUGAGCCAGAAGUACCGUGUUGUUGUUUUUGAUUGGACAUUUUGGGGUUCCAUCAAAGAUCCCAACUUAUAUGAUCCUCAAAAGUACUCUUCUUAUUAUGCUUUUGCUGAAGAUCUCAUUGCUCUCCUUGAUGAGCUUGGCCUCACCUCCACCAUCUUCCUUGGCCACUCCAUGUCUGGCCUUAUUGGCUGCAUUGCUUCCACUAAAAGACCUGACCUGUUUCAAAGACUCAUUCUGCUCUGUUCUUCUCCCAGGUAUAUAAAUACAGAAGACUAUGAAGGUGGCUUCGACCAAUCGGACAUCGAGCAAAUGAUAGCAAAUAUGGAAUCCAACUACGAAAAUUGGGCCACACAGUUUUCUUCUCUGGUUGUAGACGAAGCUGAUCCUCUGUCACUGAGCAGGUUGCGGAAAUGCUUGCAUCAGAUGAGGCCUGAAGUUGCAGUGUCCUUGGCCAAGACAGUGUUCAGAGUGGAUGAGAGGGAGAUUCUUGAAAAGGUCGACAUUCCAUGCACCAUCCUACACACUAAAGCCGACAUUGCCGCCCCUGCCUCGGUUGCCAUCUUUAUGCAGAAGCAAAUCAAGGGCAGUUGCACAGUGAGAGUUAUUAACACUAAUGGACACUUCCCUCACUUAACUGCACACCUCCAGUUGCUUCAAGUUCUUGGUGAAAUCCUGGGCUUUUGAUAUUCAAUAGUUCUCAGUCAAAUCUUGGGUUAGAAAUGUAAGUGAAUAAUACAAGUCAGUGUGAAGUGUAGUGUGUUUAUAGUGGCUGGGGAGUUCAUGAAAUUCAAAUUGUUUCCAUGUAGUGGGCUUUCAGGUGUACUUUUGUUAAUGUGUUUUUAUUUAAUAGAUGUACCAAACAGAGUUUGUUUGGCUUCAC